CACGUGCAUAAAUCAACCGUACUCGUCUGCAAACUGACUGAGUUACAUGUUUUCACCAGAUACCGACUGAUGGCUUAAAGUACAAAGCGUGUUAGAUAUUCAUAGCUCAUGAUGUGAAAUGUGUCGCUGACCUUUUGUUUAAACCACACCCAGUACAAUAGUUUUAACAGGUGAGGUCACAUCGGCUCCCGUCACUACACCGUGUGACUCGGCAGGACACACUGGAUGUCAUGGCUGUGCCUUUACCGAAUGACAGCAGUAAUGCAGCAUUCGCCUGGUUCACUGAAUACCAGCGCAGCUGCAUUUUGAAGAACGGAAUUGUUCCAGAAUGGUUCCACGGAGUAAUAUCCAGGAAGGCCGCGGAAGACAUGCUGAUGUGCAAACCUCCUGGUUACUUCCUCAUUCGUGUUGGCGAGAGCAGGGUGGGUUAUACACUAUCUUAUCGAGCUGAAGAUCGCUGUAGACACUUCAUGAUUGACGUCUUGCCAGAUAACCAGUAUAUUAUAGUGGGAGCAACGAUGCAGUUUUCUUCCCUCCAUGACUUGGUGGCCUAUCAUCGCAGAAAUGUCAUUCUCCCCUACAAUGACUUGCUCACUGUGGCCUGUGAACAGGGUAGCAAAGAUAACUACGCUGAGUUGCUGUUUCCUCGGAAGAAAGAUGUAGACCCUGGACAGGUUGAAUGGAUGAAUUUUAUAAGUCCAACACCUACAGCUCAUUCAAAUAUCUCUGAACACAACCGGACUUCGCCGCUCCAGAACGAAUCGUCUACAAUACCCACAAGUCCUUCUUCGAGACUGUAUCCCAGCUUGGAGACGGAAUUGAGCUCUUUGAAUGUACAGAGCACGGAUCAGCCAACAAAGCCCAUUCCAAAGCCUAGAACAAUAUUUACACCCAAACCACCAACUGACGACACGCCACCACAGUUACCGCCCAGAGCGUGCUUGCCAAAUCGCCCGCAAGCCACCGCAGAGGUCGACAGAUCACAAGGGUUGACGCCGGUAAGCUUUGACAGACAUCAAAUCCCACCCGACACACCUGUCGAAGGCCGUACCCAGCAGAAAAACUCACAGCCAUUGAAACCGGUGGCCAUGGGCUUGGCGCAAAUUAAGAAGAAGCUUAAAAAGAACCGAUCCAAGGACCACAUGUAUGAAGAGAUCCCUAAAGAUGCAGGAUGUCAGGAAGAUGCAAGUUUUUCUGUUUUGCAAAACAGUAACAUAAACCCUCAAAAACAGGAGGAAAAUGACUAUCAGGAGUUACCUGAGACAUCCACAAAUGGUGGAGGCCGUCGGGCAUCUGAUGGGAUUCCUAACUUUGUAGAUAGAGAAUUACCAUUGGAGUACUUGAAUCCACCUCCUUUUGCUCCUGGCUACUAGAUAAAAACAUAAAGAUGGGUGGUUUUAGUCAGAGCAUUUGUUUUUAUGUCAUUGAAUAGCAUGACAACAUCAGUCUCUUUGUUGCGAUGUUCCUUUCGCUAUGCUUCAUUUCAAUUUCUGACACAGCACAUUCUGAACCGAGCUUUGUCAUGUGGAAAAACCUGUUGGACAAUGUAAAAUAUUUUAAUAUUACAGUGACAGAAUGUGUCGUGCCCGUGGGCAUGAAUUUGAAUAUACUUCCGGAUCAUACUUCCUAAAAUCUUGCACUUUACAUAUCAGGAAAGAAAAAAGAUAAACAUUAUAAAUAUUAGCUUUUUACUGCAGUUCGUCAAUAAAUGUAGGAUUCUGCAUAAUUCUGUUCAUCAUUUUGCAGGUUUAAGCUGAUUUAGCUCGUCUUCCAGGUUAGUCUUUUGGAUUAGCUGGUAACAAAUGACGCAAACCCUUCUGAAACCAUCAAAUCAGACUUAAGACUACCAAUGUUGUGUUGCGUUUACAUCUUGGCCUUUAAUUAUAUUAAAUAUUUUAAUAUAUUUAUGUCUAAAUAUAUUAAUGAUCUAUAUAAGAUCAUUUGUGUUAUAAUAUUUAUUAUAUUUUAGAACAUUCACACAAUAAUUAGCACUAUGCAGCACACUUUAAGCAGGGAAAAUGUCAUAUUAUUCACCUUUUUCUUCCCGUAAGAGCGGACACGGCCAUUUGUAAAUUUGAUGGGUCUGGCUUCCGGUCUUAUCCGUGUCCAGCUAUUUUUAGUGGUACAAAACAACUCAUUUUGCUGUUUGAUAUUGGAAACUGGUAUGUCUUACCAUAUUGUUUUAAUGUAUUGUCUUAAUUGUGAACACACUGGUUUGAAGUGCAAACUGUUUUACCAUUUGCUGCAUUGUUAUUCUUCUCAUUAUUUCCCUCUAGCGGCUAAUGAACCGGGACGUCUCACCCAUAGGUUUACUUCCGCAUUAAAGAAUAAAGUGUAUAUUAUUGUCUUAACAUUUAUUACAAAUAUUUACUAAAUAUAUUAGUUAUACAUAAAGUUAUAUGAGUCAAUCUAUAAUUAGGGGUACACUGUAAAAAACAAUUUGUUGAGUCAAGUUAAAGUAAUUUGUGACCUGGUUGCCUUAAAAUUUUAAGUUCAGACAACUCAAAAAAAGUUUAUUCAACUUGAAAUGUUAAAUUAUACUAAGUGACAACUUAGAUAUUUGAGUUGAAUCAACUUAAAAUUUUAAGGCAGCUGGGUUACUUACCCAUCUGUUAAGUUUAGCAAAAACAAAUAUCUAAGUUGUUACUUAGUACAACUUAACAUUUCAAGUUGAAUAAACUUAUUUUAGUUGACUGAACAUCAAAUUUUAAGGCAGCAGGGUAACAAAUUAUUUUAAGCUGACGCAACAAAUUGUGUUUUUUAUUUUUUACAGUGUACAUGUCAUGUCCAUGGAUGUGUAGACAUCAAUUUUCUAAUUUUUCACUAACUUUUCACUUCAAGCAAUGAUCACUUUUAUAUCGGGACAUUUAUAAUUCAUUUAAUACAAAAAUCCAACAGCUACCUGUCUUUUAUCUAGCAAAAAUAGCAUAUUCUGUACUGGAAUUUUCUGUUUUUGUGCUGUCCGAUUUGGUAAAUGUGAGGUUUUGCUCUUUAGAGUAGCUCUAAAAGACAUGUUUCUGUAUAUAUUUCUUACAAAUAUUUGUCCAAAAUAAUUAAAUUAUUUUUAAAAAUA